GCCCCAUCUCCGGCUGGAAACCGGGCUCCGGCUCUCCCAGUUGUCUUGGCCUGUUAGCUGCUGUCUGGUUUGGGGAAACACUGCGCCGUUAAGAGUCAAGCUACACAUUUAGUUUGCAGUAGCCCAGAAGCCGCAAUUCCUCUUUCCCCACAGUAAGCCGAGAAGUGUUCAGAAACGAAAUGAAUGCUGAGCUAAAGGAGUGAAAAUUUUAAAUUUUACACUUGGGGUUUGGAUUAACUUGAAGACACAUUAACCUGAAGACUCCCACAAUGGACAUCCGACCUAAUCAGACAAUCUACAUUAACAACAUUAAUGAUAAAGUUAAAAAAGAAGAGCUGAAGAGAGCAUUAUAUGCACUGUUUUCUCAAUUUGGUCAAAUAGUUGAUAUUGUAGCAUUGAAGACUAUGAAAAUGAGAGGACAAGCAUUUGUAAUUUUUAAAGAGAUAACAUGUGCCACGAGUGCUUUACGGCAGAUACAAGGAUUCCCAUUUUAUGGCAAACCUAUGCGAAUUCAGUAUGCAAAGACUGACUCGGAUAUAAUUUCAAAAAUGAGGGGCACCUUUGCUGAUAAAGAAAAGAAAAAAGAGAAGAAAAAGGCCAAAAACCAAGAACAAGCUGCUGCAAACAAAAAAGCUAAUCAAGUAACAGCACAGGUGGCGACUUCAAAUUCUAACCAGACCACCGCCUCAACAAAUCAGGUACCAGACAAUCCACCCAACUACAUUCUAUUCCUCACUAAUUUACCUGAAGAGACCAAUGAGAUGAUGUUGUCCAUGCUGUUUAAUCAGUUUCCUGGUUUCAAAGAGGUACGUUUGGUACCUGGCCGACAUGAUAUAGCUUUUGUGGAAUUCGAGAAUGAAGGACAGGCUGGUGCUGCACGUGAUGCAUUGCAAGGAUUCCGAAUUACACCAUCUCAUGCUAUGAAAAUCACCUAUGCCAAGAAAUAAUUAAGGUUAUCAGGGCGAAAAAAUGUUCCAACUUGUUUAUUUUUAUUUUAAUUGCGGUUUACUUAUCGCAGAGAGAGAAGAAAAACCAAGCAUAUGAAGAUGUUAUCAGCUUUGGACUAUUUUUAUCCAUCGCAGUCUCUCAAGAAUUGAAAUGUGAUUAAGUAGAAAAUAUUUCAUUUUCUGCAAAUGAAAUUGACUGCUGGUAGUUGAGAAUGAAAACAACGAUCUCGUGUUUUAUAUAAUAAAAGUAGGUCUUUCAGUAACUUUGUCAAGAUAACGGUUACUUUAUUGUAAAAUUUGGAACCAGGACCUUGUGUUGCUUUUGUAGCUCAUAAUGAAAGUUGACUAAAAUUGUACAGGAGUUGUAAACAAUAUAUAUUUAAUUUGCAA